AAAAGAAGAAAUCUCAAACCAUGCCUAGCAGUGAUGGUCAGGAUCUCUUGGCAUUACAGAAAGCCAUUCAUUCUUCUAAUCACCAGAGCAGCAGGCAGAAGGAUUGGCAUCCUGAGAAGAUGACAGAAAUCCAGCCUCAUAGCCAGCCAUUAAAAUCUCUUCGAAAGCUCUUGCACCUCUCCUCUUCCAAUCAUCCCGUCCCUGCUGAGCCUCGCUUCCAGCCCUUACCAAGUCAGCCGGCCAAAGCUUCUUUCUCUGAAGUGCGAAUUCACCCCAUGAGUCAAAGCUCCAGCAGCGGCAGCAGCAAUGUGCGGCAAGAGCCUCCGCCAAAAAGCAGGCCAACGCUGCAGAUACCGAGCCAGCUGGAGCCUUCCUGGCACGUCUCCCCGGUGAACAGGAGCACGAGCGAUGGGCCUCCCUACUCCGAUCAGCUGCCUUCCAAGAGCGGACAGAACGGGCACACGUAUAACCGAACAAACCGAUCGCGAAUGCCAAAUCUGAAUGAUUUAAAAGAGACAGCCUUGUAAUUGCACUCCGGAAAAUAGGCCAGUUCAGGUGGAGAUCAGCGUAGGGGAGCGGUGGUGGUUCUGGUGAUGGUAAGACUGCAUUUUCAGCUUUAUAAAGGUGUGCAAUAUGUACAUGUGGAGCUAUGCCGUUCGGCACCACAGUGAGAGUCAGGGAUUAUACAGUAAACUAAGUUGAAUUACGAAUUACCAGUCAUCAGAAAUGUCGCUGGAUGCCAGGCAGAGCGUGCCGGUCGGGGAGAAAACUGCAUUGCUGUUUUCUCUCAUUUACAUUCCAGC